AUGUUAGUUAUUGAACUACAAGAUCUCGACUUGACCAAGUCAGAUGCAGCAAUUGGUUUUCUACUCCUUCGGUGGCAAUCGGACAAGUGGAUCGGUGGCCAUGGUCGCGUUCCAACCAAAUACAUACUUGAGCAAACCGAUCCUGUUCAAACAGAUUUGGCAGCGCCGCUUGAUCCGAAACUAAAAAAUCCCUUCGACAAGUUGGAGAAACAGUGGCUGCACAUUUCACGACUGCGGCGGUACUCGCACCUUGUGAAUGCCUCUUAUGGGUGGCUCUACUACUACACAGAGAACCCGUGCGACUGCGUGGCGUUGAAUCGAUUGUGCCAAAAACUUUCUUGCAGCAACCCAACCAUAACAACGAAAGAGUUGGACCUUGAAAAUGGUAUCCCUGGUCCUGGAUGUUGCUGCUGUGCCGGUCAAAACCUCUACUUAGCAGCCUUUAUGGAAAUGGCGCAGUUGAAAAAUCAAGACAUCCUUUGCUUUGAACUCGUCAAUAAGGUUCGAAUGAUUGAGUAUCCAUUGGCUGCAAUAGCUGGGUUAAUGAUUUAA